AUGGAGAUAUUUUCAUCUAAGUUGAAUUGGUUGAUCCAUAUUAAGAAGCUCUUUUUAAAGGAAAGUGUGUUAGACAUUUCAGAUUUGAUCAGUUCUUUAAAGAAUGAAAUUAUUACAGAAUAAGUUAAUCCUCAAGAUGAAUUAUUUUCAUUAGAAGAAGUUAUUGAAGAAGUUUAUAAAUAUAAGAAAAUUAGAUUAUCAUAUGAUGAUUUCUUUUAAAUUAUUGGUAAUCUUCAUUAAUAGGAUCCACAAUUAUCAACUUGUGUGAAUUCUUUGGCAGAUUCUAUUAAUGAUCUAACCUUGAAUGAUGCUAAAGUCAAAUAAGAAAUAAGAGUAUCUUAUCAUGACCCAACAAAAUUAAUUAAGACUCAAUAAAGUUGUAAACCAUCCAAGAUUUCAAAAAGUCCAAGAAUGAGAAUUGAAAAUUUAUAAGAAGCAUAAAAGAAGAUUCUGGCUAAAAUAACUCAUAUAGAAAAUGAGAUAGAAUAUGUAUGAUUAUUUGAAUAUAUAACGAAGUAGAAGUAGUAGCAUUAAUUAAAGAAGCCACAUAUUUUAUAAAUAAAGGAAUUGACAAAAUAACUAUAAUAAAAUGAAUAAGAGAUAAUUUUAAAUGGAAUAAGUACCUUUACACUUUAAGACUUUUAUUUAGUUUUCCAUAACUUAAAUAAAGGGAUAUUCAAUAUUUAAACACUAAUAUUUAAUGAUAGAUGUUCAGAAAUUAGAGAAGUAACCAUGAUAUUUAAAAACUUAUAAUAUUUGAGCAUAAAUUCCUUAUUAAUAAAAGAAUUAAAAUUAGAAGAAUUGAUAGAACUAAAAGUAUUAUCUGUAGGUGGAAAUAAUUUAAAAUCAUUAGAGGGAUUACCACCAAAUUUAGUUGAGUUGUAUGCCCAAAAUAAUUAAAUUUCUUAAUUAAGUAAUACAAAAUGUUUAAAAAUAUUAAAUAUCAGUUAAAACUGCAUAUCUUCUAUAUAAUAGUUGAUGCACAUUAAUAAAUCAUUAGAAUUUAUUAAUUGUCAUCAAAAUUAAUGUGCUUAAUCAAAAGAUUAUAAAAGAUUAUUAUUUAAAAUAUUCCCAAAUUUAAAAGGAGUAGACAAAGAUGAUUUAUUACAGCAUUCAAUAAUAUAAUAGAACAAUUUUCAUUAUAAGAAGGAAUAAAUGGACUUUUCUUUUAGUUAAUCAUGA